ACAAUGGAAGACAAUUCCAAUGAAAACAUUCUCCAGACUAUACAGGAUGUAGAUAAAACUAUUUUAAGGAUCACUGAAUGCAUACAAGUUCUUCGGAAUGCCGAAAACAAAUUAAAUUUGAAAGAUAAUAAGACUUCGGAAGAGAUAAUGACAUUUCACGACUUAAAAAAAACAAUCAGUCGACAACUGAAAGAAUUGGAAGAGAAAUUUGACUUUUCAAAUCAAUUGAAAAGAACAGUGGUUGACCAGUCUUACAAACUGAUUAACAGGAAUUAUGGAGGUCCCGUGAAUCAGCUGGAUUCAGGUCGUUUGGAUUUAAUACCAACAUCUGUUCAAAUUAUUAACUGUGAUUCUAAAGAAGAGUGCCAUAAGGUUGUUAAUCUCAGCCACGAUGCUUUGAUGGGGAGAUUACCUCAUAAUGUGGUUUUGAAGUCAAUGGUGUGUAUUAUGGGCUUCAAUUCCGUUUGUCAAAAUUAUUUUUCGACUCAAGAAUGUGGACAUAACAGUGAUUCGAGCUGUUGCAGUAUUUCUUCUAAAGAAACAAAUAUAAAUACGCUAGUGUCUCAAUGUUCAGACACACUUCAAAACUCACAAGAAGUUUGUCAACUAAACGAGCAACUUCAAAAUAUACUCAAUGAAAACCAAGAACUUCUUUUUAAACACAAAUCUAUAACCGAACGAAACGAUUUAUUGGUAAAAGCUUUGAAUCGUCCCGCUGUGUUUAAAAAAAUAGACGGUUGCAUACGAUUUCCUGGAAAAAAAGAAAUGGAAGAAAAACUUGCAGAAUUUAAAACAGAAAUAUUGAGAUUGAAUUCUGAAAUUAAAGUAGUACACAUAACUCAAUUAAAAUUAAAAUCAGUCAAAGAAAUUCUUAACCAAUUUAAUGCUUCUAACUGUCAGUGUGGAAGCCCUUCAUUUAAAGACAAGAUCAAUACAAGUACCAAAGUUCAAAAACAAGAAAUUCAACAAAUCGAAUUGCAAAUAAAACAGAAGAAUAAUGAAUUGAAUAACAUUGUGUCCGAUUAUGAAGAUAUCGUUAAGACGAAUUACAAAAUAACUGAUACACAUAAUAAAUUAGCUAAUGAUCUAAUAGAAUUAUUGAAAAAGAUAGAAGAGUACAAUUUGGAAGGUUUCAAUGAUUUAAAAAAUGAUUUAAUCAAAAACAACGAAGAUAUCGAAACAAUGGAAUUGAUCAUCAAAGAGCGUAAUAAUGAAAUUAAUGAUUGUGAUGAAAAGUUGAGGCGUGUUCAACAUGAAACCAAAGAUAUAACCCUUAAAACAAAAAAAUGGGAACAUGCGAUGAAAAAUCUCUUAGACGAUUUCAAUGAAUCGUAUAAUAAAUUAGAAUCGGUUUACAAAGAACAGCUGGAGGAACUGUUGGCACUGCCGAAAGUUUUGAAAGAAACGCAUAUUAAAUUACAAGAAGAGAUUGACCUAAGAGUAUUAGCUGAAGAAUCAAUGAAUAAACUAAAACGUGAUCUUAAAGAGGUGGAAAGUUUGAAAAAUGGAAAUAAAAACGAUGACGAGACAAUGAAUCAAGAUAUUGAAGACGAACGAUUAAAGAUAGAAUCCGAAAAUAAAAUUAUUGAGUCAAAAUUAAAAUCUCUUGAAGAAAACAUCGAGUUAUCUGUAGAAUGCCUGGAGAAAGAAACUCAGGAACUAAACGCUGUAAAUCUACAAAUCCAAGAAGCUAUUGCAGAGAGCACCAAACACAUAAACGCAUUCCAACAUUUUUCAGAAAUACAUUUGGAAAGAAUAGUUAACGACUUGCAUAGAUUACAAGAGAUUUUGACGGAAUCACAAAACAGAGAGUGUGCGAAAGUUCUCGUUAAAAAAUCGUUCAUGGAUCAUCUCAAAGAUAAAAUAACUUCAAUUUACCAGAACGUAGAGACGUGUAAGCUAGAAAUGCGUAUUCUUCUUGAACAAUCAAAUGAACAUAACAUGACGCCAUAAAUUUCUUAUGUAAAUCAUUUUUUUUGUUUUUCUGUUGAAGUAACAAUAGUUUUUAUGACAAAUUAUAAAUUCGAUAAAAA